GCGGUAGCGGCCCGAGUCACGUGGAUCCAUUGGCACGUGACACGUCCGUGAGCCUCUCAUAGGAAGGCGCCGUCUCUGUAGGGGUCGUAGAGAAAGGGGGCGUGUGGGGCAAGAUGGCGGCACACCUGUCCUACGGGCGAGUGAAUCUGAACGUGCUACGCGAGGCGGUGCGUCGCGAGCUGCGCGAGUUCCUGGACAAGUGUGCUGGAAGCAAGGCUAUAGUUUGGGAUGAAUACCUAACAGGACCAUUUGGCCUGAUUGCACAGUAUUCACUACUGAAGGAACAUGAAGUGGAAAAAAUGUUCACACUUAAAGGAAAUCGAUUGCCAGCAGCUGAUGUCAAGAAUAUUAUUUUUUUUGUCAGACCCAGGCUAGAAUUGAUGGAUAUAAUUGCUGAAAAUGUACUCAGUGAAGACAGACGUGGCCCUGUAAGAGAUUUCCACAUUUUGUUUGUGCCACGACGUAGCUUGCUGUGUGAACAACGGUUGAAGGAUCUGGGUGUUUUGGGAUCCUUUAUUCACAGGGAGGAAUACAGCUUAGAUCUCAUUCCAUUUGAUGGGGAUCUCUUAUCCAUGGAAUCAGAGGGUGCGUUCAAAGAAUGCUAUCUGGAAGGUGACCAGACAAGCCUGUACCACGCAGCUAAGGGGCUGAUGACCCUGCAGGCUCUGUAUGGAACAAUCCCUCAGAUCUUUGGCAAAGGAGAAUGUGCUCGGCAAGUGGCCAACAUGAUGAUCAGGAUGAAGAGAGAAUUCACAGGAAGCCAGAAUUCAAUAUUUCCUGUUUUUGAUAAUCUCUUGUUGCUUGAUCGAAAUGUGGAUUUGUUAACGCCUCUUGCCACUCAGCUUACGUAUGAAGGACUCAUUGAUGAGAUUUAUGGCAUUCAGAACAGUUAUGUGAAAUUACCUCCAGAGAAAUUUGCACCUAAGAAACAGGGUGAUGGUGGUAAGGACCUCCCCACCGAAGCAAAGAAGCUUCAGCUGAAUUCUGCAGAGGAGCUCUAUGCUGAGAUCCGAGAUAAGAACUUCAAUGCAGUGGGCUCCGUGCUUAGCAAGAAAGCAAAGAUCAUCUCUGCAGCAUUUGAGGAGCGGCACAACGCGAAAACAGUUGGGGAGAUCAAGCAGUUUGUUUCCCAGUUGCCACACAUGCAGGCAGCCAGGGGCUCCCUUGCAAACCACACCUCGAUUGCAGAGUUAAUCAAAGAUGUCACUACUUCUGAAGACUUCUUUGACAAAUUGACAGUGGAACAAGAGUUUAUGUCUGGAAUAGACACUGAUAAGGUCAACAAUUACAUUGAGGAUUGUAUUGCCCAAAAGCACCCAUUGAUCAAGGUGUUAAGACUAGUUUGUCUCCAGUCCGUGUGCAAUAGUGGACUCAAACAAAAAGUGUUGGAUUAUUAUAAAAGAGAAAUUCUCCAGACAUAUGGCUAUGAGCACAUAUUGACCUUGAACAACCUAGAGAAGGCUGGGCUGCUGAAAUCACAGACAGGAGGCAGAAACAAUUACCCAACAAUUCGGAAAACAUUACGUCUCUGGAUGGAUGAUGUUAACGAACAGAAUCCCACGGACAUAUCUUAUGUGUACAGUGGUUAUGCACCGCUUAGUGUGCGGCUGGCUCAGCUGCUCUCCCGGCCUGGCUGGCGGAGUAUCGAGGAGGUCCUCCGCAUACUCCCAGGGCCCCACUUUGAAGAACGGCAGCCAUUACCCACAGGACUGCAAAAGAAACGUCAACCAGGAGAAAACCGAGUCACUCUGAUAUUUUUCCUUGGUGGGGUAACCUUUGCUGAAAUUGCUGCCCUGCGAUUUCUCUCCCAGCUGGAAGAUGGAGGUACAGAAUAUGUAAUUGCCACAACUAAACUAAUAAAUGGAACCAGUUGGAUAGAGGCUCUAAUGGAAAAACCUUUCUAGGGUGUUCAAAGGAGACAUAACAAGUGUAAUGCAGAAUAAACUGCCUUUUUGAAGUUGCUGAAAUGAAGUGAAAUCUCAUAGAAGAAACACAGGAAUAGUUUACUUUGGAGUCAGCUUCUUAAAUUACACCACUGUCUUCUACUU